AUGUUAGUGCGCAUCGUUAACAGGUGUUUCAUCUGCGGACACACGCAGUGCCCUUGCUGGAAUCUCCCACCAGAUAUGGACUACUUCAUGACCUCGGCGGGGACGGAGGCUUUAUCCGAGUGUCCGACUUGUUUGCGUAGGGAGUGCGACUGUGAAGAGAUCUCGCACGUGUACGACGGUCAUCGCCCCAGUAAACGGCAGAAAUCUUCCUCGAAAAAGACCGAAAUCUCGGACAGUGAGGGGAGGCAGGCUAGCAGGCUCGCGAAUCUGCCGGCACUGGUGCCAACAAGCACCAACACGAGAUCGCAGAUACUGCCGCGUGGUCUGGUUCUGACGCGUAUUGGCUCGAAAGAGCCGUUUCGGCACAGCUGGUCGCAAUGGGUCGGCCACACAAAUGAUCCUACACAGCUCUACAAGGCGUGCUUCUGGUCUAAUGGCGUGCGCGAGUAUCUACUGUAUACACCAGGCAAGGGCAUGUACUCAAACAUAUUCAUGUGGCCUACAAUUCCAAAGCACCGCAGAACGAAAGCGGAGAGGAAAGACUACUGGGAACAGUCGACCUUCCCACCCCACCCACCCGCCCUUCACAGACCUCCCGACACCAUGACUUCCACCAUUGGCAUUCCCAUCAAGCUUCUGAACGAAGCCCAGGGCCACAUUGUGACCUUGGAGAUCACCUCUGGCCAGACCUACCGAGGCAAGCUAAUAGAAGCCGAAGACAACAUGAACGUUCAGCUCAAGGACAUCACCGUCACCGCCCGCGACGGUCGCGUUAGCCAUCUCGACCAGGUGUACAUCCGCGGCUCCCACGUGCGCUUCUUCAUCGUCCCCGACAUGCUUCGCAACGCCCCCAUGUUCAAGAGUAGAAAUGUCCGCGGCAGGGGUGUCGGUCUCGCGAGAGGAAGGGCUACCGUCAGCAGGGCGCGCGCCAGCGCCAGGGGCCCGAGGUAG